ACCGUCAGUCAAAAUGACGGACUGCAAAAAAAGUCUAGCACAACCUCUGGUCUUGACGUACCUCAAAGAGGGUUUUCUUCAAUUAAAACGGUGCUUUUAGGUUUUCAAACUCAUGUUGUUGGUUAAGUAAACCCAGUCUGCUCUCAUCCACUAUGUUUUAAAAUGCCUCCAGGAACUAGAAUUGUGUCGAGAUGUGUUUGUAUUUAAUCACUUUAUCAUUUCCACCAAAAAAAAAAAAAUUAGCCUUUGUUUUUAUUUGUAGUUAAAUAGUUUUUAUAUGUAUGCAUGGUCAGUUUUAAUGAAGAUAAAUCUUUUUAUUUCAGUUCAUUUAGUUUUUUUUUUAUAAUCUUUGUCAUAUUUGCACAUUUCAUGGAAAAAUUGAUUUUAUAUGUGAAGAAAUGUUUUCCGUGUACUGCAACAAUGAAGAAAUAAUAAUAAAAAAAAGAUUUAAGUGCCAAUUAUUCCACAUUUUUUCUUCCUGUUAGUUUUUUCUUGUUACUUUGACUCAUCUCUCUCUCUGACCUCUGUCUUCUAUCAGUCAAGGGCUGAUCUUGGACUUCGUGUUGACCUCUGACCCCUGGCCCAAACCGACUUCAGCGGGCCGAGGCUGCCGUUGACCCGCUCCCGGGAGGCCUYGACAGCCGUGCGGUUUCUCUUCAUUAGCAGAAGAUCACCCGUCGCCCUCGUAGCGCACAUCACCCCCCUCGAACGACAGCGGGGGCCCACCCACUGAGGAGGUCAACUCAAAACAGAACAUGUCAGGAGCUGAACGUGUGUGUGUGUGYGYGUGUGUGUGUUUGGGAAACAGUGGCAGAAAGAUUGUUAAACGGGUUGAGGAGUCAGCAGGAAGAGCCAGCGAUAGGCCGCAUCCAUCCAUCACCAGACACGACCAAGAGCUUGUUUAUAAACACUCACUGUCGGGAAUUUCUUAAUGAGACGACUCCGGUUCUUACAGGCGGGGGAAGACGGGGACWUUUUUGACUCACGGUUGUCAGUUCAACACAAAUAAACGAUCACACGUGGCAAAACUUCACAUUUUAUUUCCCUCAAUAACUGUUUUGUUUAUUUAUUCUUUUUUUUUAUUUCCUCCCCUCAGAUUUCCAGGACAAACUCCUGCUUAUGUGUCUUUGAAAGGUUGUGUUUACUUUGUGUGUCAGAGAGAGAAAAAGAACAGAGGCAGUCCUGCUCGCUCGCCACAAUACCAAAAAAAAAAAAAAGAGGAAAAGCUGGACGUUGAAGAUCAGUGCGCAGCGGGAAAACUAAUCACAGAUAGAUCCUGUAUUAUUAGCCGGAGAGAAGAUUUUCUGUCCAGAUGAGAGAGUGGACGGAGCCUGAGAUGAGCUUUUCUGCAGGGGGGUUUCUGUCCCCCUCGGAGGGUUACUGCUCCACAGAGCAGCUCCAGUACUACGACAUGCUGGCGGAACCUCUUGGUUAUCCCCUCCAGGACCCCGACCUCCAGCUGCUCCCUUACAGCCAACAGCAGUACCUCCCUGCCAACCUGCCCUUCUCCCUUUACAGCUCCCCGUCUUCCUCCACCCCCUCACCGUCCUCCUCCGCCUCGUCCUCUCAGCUCUGCCACGCUCCGUACCAGUACAACCCUCACUGCCUGGAGCCCCCCUGUGACCCCGGACCGGACCCGCUCUCCGGGGCUCUGGCUCACGGGUUUGGGGUGGUGCCUCUCGGCCGGAGGUCCCGGGUGGGACCGGCAGGGAGGAACAGAGGUCAGGACGAGCUGUGUGUGGUGUGUGGCGACAAAGCGUCGGGGUAUCACUACAACGCUCUYACCUGUGAAGGAUGUAAAGGUUUCUUCCGGCGCAGCGUGACCAAAAAGGCUGUGUACCACUGUAAGAGCGGCGGCGGCUGUGAGAUGGACAUGUACAUGAGGAGGAAGUGCCAGGACUGCCGGCUGAGGAAGUGUCGGGCCGUAGGAAUGCUGGCUGAAUGCCUUCUCACAGAAGUACAGUGUCAAUCCAAACGACUCAGAAAAGGAGGUAAAAGCCGAGGGCAGGAGGAAGAGGAGAACACAGACAGUAGGAGGGUCAGCUCUACCAGCAGGGUUCUUGGACAGGUUCUGUCUGUCAGUUGGACCCGGGAGCAGAAAUAUACCGUGGACAAGAUGGUGGAGGCUCACCGGCAGUUCAGAGAUCACGACAGCAGCAGUUUCAUGGUGUCUGACUGGCAGUGUGCACAAGACGGGGAGGGUCUGUCUGAGGUUGUACCCCCCCACCAACAGAGGCUGCUGCAGUUUGCCAGAACAGUGCCUGGCUUCGACCUCCUGGACAUCUCAGACCAGUUUGCUCUCUUGUCCGUCUCCUCGCUGGAGGUCAUGUUCCUGCUCUCAGCACAGCAGUUCUCCCACAACCCGGCGAGCCCCAGUCCAGUCCUGCAGCUUUUUAACGUGUCCACACACAGCUGGCUCAGAGAUGCAGAAACCAAGGAAAACAUGCAGAGCAGGAGCAGCUCAGGGGGCGGUGACGAUCUCCUCGGCUCAGUGCUCAACUUCCUCCACAGCAUGGUGGUGCUGCGUGUGACYGAGGCAGAAUACGCCCUGCUCACCGCCACAGCUCUGCUCUGCUCAGACCGGGCGUCCCUUCAGUCGGCCAGCUGUGUGGAGAAGAUGCAGGAGCUGAUCCUGGACCUGCUGUCCAGGGUGUGUGGGGCCCAGUGCGGAGCUGCACGAGGGGGYCCACAGCGGUUCGGUCGCCUUUUGGGCAGACUGACGGAGUUACAGACCCUCCACCACAACUACCUCCUCCUGACGAGACAGCAGCGAGCGCACAGAUGAAGGGCAGACGCACAAAUUACAGCUGGAAUUCUUUUUUUUUUUUUACAUCAGUGUAAAACUUAUCAGAAUACAAGACCUUUUUUGGUGAUGAAAUGGAAAGAUUUAUACAGUAAUAGGACUUGUCCUGCACUUACAAAGCUUUUACUUUUGAAAUGUUUAAAUUUGCUCAAAAUAUUUUUGUAAGUGUUUUUAUAUUUGUCCUAAACAGCUCAAGUACAUUUUACCUUUCAAUUUGUUAUUUUAAAAUAAAGCAACAAGUGCAGACUAA